UUCAGCUUCUUCAUUUUUCAAAUGUAUUCUCCUUAAACCCUUGAAUUCUCUCUCUCUCUCUCUCUCUCUCUCUCUCUCUUUACGACCAAUGUUCGGCACUCCGUCUUCGACGCCGGCGUUCGGCACUCCGUCGUCUUCUCCGGCGUUCGGCACACCAUCAGCUACGCCGGCGUUCGGCAUUCCGUCCUCUACGCCGCCGUUCGGCGCGUCCUCUACGCCGCCGUUCGGCGCAUCCUCUACGCCGGCGUUUGGUACGCCUUCUUCGGCUCCAGCGUUUGGUACACCGUCGUCGACGCUGGCAUUCGGGGCGGCGUCUACACCGGGCUUCUCCAGCAGCGGAUUUGGCUCCUCUCUCUUCUCUACCCCAUUCUCAUCGCAAACGCAGCAACAGCAACAGCAGCAGCAGCAGCAGACUCCGUUGUUCCAGCAACCGGCGCCCACCGGCUUCGGCUUUCAGACUCCAUUCGCAUCUGCGCAGCAGCCAACGCCGUUCCCUAAUGCGCAAUUGACUACUCAGAUGGCUCCCGUGGCUCCUCUCCCUUACUCUCUUGCCGACCGCGACAUUCAGGCCAUCAUUGAUGCGUAUAACGAGGAACCGACGAAUCCGAAGUACGCUUUUAAGCACCUUCUGUUCAGUGUGACUGAAUCGCAGUACCGAGUGAAGCCUGCAACUGUCUCAGAUAUAAUGUGGGCAGAGGCUAUGAGCAAACUCGAAGGCAUGGAUUCAGCAGAUAGAGAGCGUCUCUGGCCUCAGCUUGUACAAGGUUUCAAGGACCUUUCUCAGCGUCUUAAGGUUCAAGAUGAGGUCCUCCUCUCAGACACCGAAAGAUUAAAAACAACUCAAAGCAAUGUUAAAAUGCUUCAGAGACAUUUGCAAGCACAGACCUUUCCAUGUAUCGAGAGGUUAAGACAGAAAGAGCAAAGUCUUCAAAGACGCUUGUUGAGGGUGAUGAGGAUAGUGGAGGGUCUAGAGGGGAAAGGUUUCCGUUUACCCUUGAUGAAAGGAGAGGCCGAACUGGCUCAAAAGCUGGCAACAGUAACCAGACAGCUGAAAGGACCUGGAGCAGAGCUCUCUAGAAGGAUGCAAAAUCUGCUGACAAUAACUCGUGCACAAGCCAACUCGAUAGCCGCGGGUAGUUCCAUACAUCUCCCGGGAUCAACCAAAAUAGACGAACAGAGCCUUAUCGACAUGCAGGAGGUGUUGCAACAGCAGACAGAUGCGAUAGCGAGGCUCGGGAAUGUGUUGAAGCGCGAUAUGAGGGAUAUGGAGAUAAUUAUGGCCGAGGAUACAGAAAUGUCCGAAGACCAAUAAAAAAGAUGUUCGGCUUUUAAAACAUAACAAGGAGAAGAAGAAGAAGAAGAUGCCAACAAAACAAACAUGGCUCAAUCGAGGCAGGAUUGGAUCCUCUCUAUCGGCAACGUCUCCUUUCUUUUCUUUCUUUUUUUUUGGGGGUUUUUUCAAAUCAAGGCUUUGGACCAAAUGGACAGAACGAGCUCUGUUUCUCUACCUAAAUAUUCUAUUCACAAGUGACAAAAAAAAUCCACAUGUAUAUAUUUCCUUGUUCGUUUUCGUCCA